CGGCCAUACGCGGAACUACAGCGAUGCGAAACCUUGCUCACGAAGACGAUUCCAUUGCUUUUCAGAAUGCUGUUAAUUGAAAAUCCUGGGACGCUAUCAGAAUGCUGUUAAUUCAUUAUCCUGGCAAGACUGUCAACCAGACCAAUGAAUACCAUCAGGAUCGAGAGGUUUUACCAGCUUUCGAGGACAUCAUGGAUGUCAUUGGUUCUAGAGGAAAGUUCCAGAAGAGAUUAAACACUGUUUUCAUUUGCUAUGGCACAAUCGUCAAUGUGAUGAGCGCGCAUAUGUACAAUUUCGCUAUGCAAACUCCUGAUCACUGGUGUCACGUCCCUGGGAGAGAGUUCACCAACUUAACUCUUGAUGAGUGGAAGACCGCCACUAUCCCCAAGGAAGGAGGAACAUUCAGCAAGUGCCUGAUGUACAACGGAAGCGCCCUGGACGGAGCUUCCGAGGUGCCCUGCCAGCACGGCUGGGAGUACGACGACACGUGGUACACUCAGACGGUGCCGUCAGAGAUGAACUGGGUCUGCGACGACAUGCACAUCGUCAGUGACGUCAUGUUCUAUCCACAGAACAUUGGAGCAGUCCUGGGACUGCUGUUCGGCUACAUGGGUGACAUGUACGGACGUCGCCCGCUGCAGUUGGCCUGCGUGGUGAUGCACGUCGUCAGCAGGGUGGCGAUGGUGUUCACUCCGUCACUGAUCGUGCUGUUCGUCGUGGCGGUGGCGCUGGUGGGGGGCGCUGUAGGCGUCAUGCUGGAGUCGGCGGUAUCUGUAGGGACGGAAUUGACGGAUAUCAGAAACCGCUCAUGUAUCAAUUGCAUGUCAUGCAUUGGUAUACCUAUAGGAUUGGUGUCCGCCUGCUUGUGUGUUCAGAUGUUUCCCAGCUGGAAGCACUCCUUGCUUUUUGCAGUACUGUGCUGCCUUAUAUUACUACUGUUCUGCAGGUGGUUCCCCGAGUCGCCGCGCUGGCUGACGUGCAGGGGGCGCGAGGAGGAGGCGCUGGGCGUGCUGCGGCGGGUCGCGGCCACCAACGGCUCCAGCCUGCCGCCGUUCACCCUGCAGGUGCUGCACCGCGUGGCCAAGGCCAAGCGGGACCGCGUCGGCUACUUGGGCAUCUUCUCCAGCUGGAACCUCUUCAAGAACACCCUCCUGCUCGCCAUGGCCAGGUGA